AUGUACUUUGGCAAGUACGUCUCGCACGAGGGCUCCGAGAAGCUCCGGACGUACCAGUACCACGGCACCGACAAGUCGCUCGUGUUCCAGCACGUGCUCACGCCCAUGAACGACGCGCUGGUCGAGCACCUGCCGCGCUGGCUCGCGCCCAACCUCAUUACGCUGCUGGGGCUCCUGCUCGUGGCCGCUUCGCACGCCGUGGUCGCGUACCUCUGCCCGCUGUUGUACGGCGACGUGCCGCCCUGGGCCCUCACGGCCGCUGCGGCCGCGCUCUUUGCCUACCAGACGCUCGACAACUUGGACGGCAAGCAGGCGCGCCGGACGCACUCGUCGUCGCCCCUGGGGCUGCUGUUUGACCACGGCUGCGACGCGCUCAACGUCUCGGUCGGGACCAUUACCAUGGCCAGUGUGCUGCAGCUCGGGGCGACGUGGAAGACGCUGGGGCUGGUGCUCAGUGGCCACUUUGCCUUUAUCUUUGCCACGUGGGAAGAGUACUACUCAGGCUCGCUCGAGCUUCCGGUGAUCAAUGGCCCGACCGAAGGCAUUCUCCUUGGCGUUGCGCUUAAGCUCUUUACGGCACUGGUUGGUGUGGACUUUUGGACGCACGAGCUGGUCAACGGCGUGCAGAACAACUCGCUGCUUGUGUGUUUGACGAUCGUCAGCUCGUGCGUGACGCUUCUAGUCAAUGUAAAGAAUGUGCUGAAGGCCGUGCGUCUGAACGAAGACUCGAUCCUUGUCGCGUUCACGCGACUUCUGCCAUUCAUCACCCUCAAUGCCCUUGCUGGCUUAUGGGCUUUGUUCUCUCCCUCGGACAUUUUCUCGACUCACCCGCGAACGUUUCUGUGGAUGCUCGGUCUGCUGAACAGCAAGUUGGUGCUUCACCUUAUGUUGGCUCAUCUAUGCGGGGAAGAGUAUCACCCGUUUCGCAAGACGCUGGUGCCCAUCUUCUACGUUGCUGGGCAUUGCGCGUUUUGCAUGAUGGAAGGCACCUAUGACGCCAUCAACGAAGAGCUCAUUGUCCGAGAGUUCUUUUUCCUCUCGUUGGCUGCGUACGUGCACAUCGUUAUCACGGUGGUGUGGGAGGUGAAGAAUGUGCUGGGGGUGUCGGUGUUUACGAUCCCGUACGACCCGCAGUCCAAGUCGUGUAGCGAUCCAGCAGCAAAGUCGUCGUAA